UACUGAAAGCAACAAUUCUGUAUUGACAAACUGUAAAUGUAGCACUUAAAACACUAAGAGACGUUAUCGCGUUUCCCGCUGUAUGCGCAACAAAGACUUGCCGCAGAAGGUCUUCGGCGGUCAGUGCGUGAAGAGUGAGACUACAAUGGCUGCUGAGCAGAGAUUAUUAGACGACAUCUUACAACAUUAUGCUCCAGAUUAUUGGACCUCCACAAGCCGUUAUGAGUUUGAGGGCAGCAGGUACAUAAGACGAACCGUUUCCAAUGGCGAAGCAUAUGAUAUGGCAGUCAGAGAUUUGCGAGGUCACUACAGUAUUCUUCAAGUGGACGUAAUUGAAAACCCAUACCAGUACGGGAGAUUCCUUAUACGCAAGGAACAUCUUAGGAAACAGGGGAGACAUGUGGUAGAGAGACAGAUGUACCACCCCGUGCUAGAAGAGGAUGUAGAUCAAGCAUUAGAAUACAAUUGUGACACAAGAUACUACAACGCACACUCUAAUUACAUGCAAUGUUCAAACAAGAGAACUAGAUUUUACGCAAUGCCACAGCAUUGUGAAUCAUUUUUUAAUAAUGGUUUCAGGAAAGUUUUUAUUGUAUUGUCUGUAUUAGCUGAUAAUGAACACAGUGACUCAGUUGUAACAGAUUAUGACACUCAUUAUUAUCCCAUGUUUGUCGUAAUCACCACAUGAUUUGAAAAGAACAUUGGUGCAUUGUAUAUUCAGCUAUUAUAUCUACUUUUAUACUUUUGUAUAUAAUUACUAAAUUUGACCACUGCAUUAUUCAUUUGUACUAUAGUAUUCAAUAUGAAGACUGAAUUAUGUAGAAUAGGAUUAUGGAUACAGUAUUUUAUGUUUCUGAUGUCUCUCACCUAAGAACAGCUGCAAAAAAGGCAGGCUAGCAGAAAUUUGCAUAUUGUGGUUAGGGACUUAUAAAGCCCUGUUUGAAACUGGAGUGACAGAAAGUUUUUUAGCAUUUGUUUUUGUCUCAUUUGUACUAUUAAGAUAAAGGAAUCAAGAAAACAAGGUCUUUGAUGAAUAUUCAUAACAUAUGUAGUAGGAGUAUUAAACUAGCCUACAUCUUUUCUUCAUAAUAAUAAACUCUAUAAAUAAUGUUUGUAGUAAAUAUAAACAUUGUUAUGUUCAUGUACUGAUAAACAAUAAAUAUUUGUAUUUCUUUAUAAA